AUGUCCUUGGGCAUGAUGGUGACGCGCUUCGCGUGGAUGGCGCAAAGGUUGGUGUCCUCGAACAGCCCCACAAGGUAAGCCUCUGCGGCCUCCUGCAGCGCGGACACGGCGGUGCUCUGGAACCGGAGAUCGGUCUUGAAGUCCUGGGCGAUCUCCCGGACCAGGCGCUGGAACGGGAGCUUACGGAUCAACAGCUCCGUGCUCUUCUGGUACUUGCGAAUCUCCCUCAGGGCCACGGUUCCGGGGCGGAAGCGGUGGGGCUUCUUCACGCCACCGGUGGCCGGAGCGGACUUCCUGGCCGCCUUGGUGGCGAGCUGCUUCCUGGGAGCCUUGCCCCCGGUGGACUUGCGAGCCGUCUGCUUCGUGCGCGCCAUCUCUCUGAACGAUGAUAACUCCCGAGCUUUCCUAUGA